CUGAUGGGAAUGUGACAGGGACCUUAGAUUGUAAACUCACUGGGACAGGGACUGAUGGGAAUGUGAUAAGGACCAUAGAUUGUAAGAUGAAUGUGACAUAGGCUGAUGGGAAUUUGAUAGGGACCAUAGAUUGUAUCCAAAAAUGUAUAUGCAGAUCAGCGCCUACAGCAACAGAGAAAGAAACAGAAAAAAAUAUGUUUCAAUAUCACACCAACACCGAGUGUCCAGGUUUUUUUUUAGGUGUAUUUCCCCUUUAAAUUUCCACUCUUAUUGUCAUUGGGGCGGUUAAUUUUAUGUGAGGUGCAUUGAUUAGACAUGAUUAGAUCAUGUGAUUCUAUAACUUAUGUAUAGAUCGACUUCUUUGCAGUAAGCCAAACCUGAAAUGCAUAAGGGACACUUGCUUGGUGUGAAAGCGGCAACAGCUGCCCCCAGGAAAAAGAAAAUUGUUCUGGAUUGUCAAAAAUCCAAUAGGUGCCACCAAACCCACUAAUCUGUAAGUGACAGGCACCAAAACACCGGGUCAUUUGUUAAGCUGAAGCACUGAGAUGGGGUCCAGCGCCACCCCCAGUUCAAAUAACCUUGUUUCAGACAGGAAGGUGCAAUAUCCACUUAUAAAUGAGCAGUAGCUUCAGCUAUGGAUUAAAAUUAAGGAUUGUCAUUGCCUCACUGUUUGAACUGUAAAAAUAAAAGGGAGUCGCCCUAAUACCUGUAAAUUACCCCGACUUCCGUGUGAUUAGCAAGUGAGAACAUAUUGCACUAAUGUCUCGUCCAUAAGCGUAUAAGGUUUAGGUUGCACAAACGAUGUCCCACCCACCUACCCACCCACGUGCAGGAAAGACACGCCCUGAUUAGGUUUAACUUUAAUUUCCCCUGCUGGUUUUUUUAUUGUUCUUGUUAGGACCUGCCUGGGAUCAGCUCUAUAUUUCAGUUUCCCACAAUCGCUUUGUUUUUUUUUUUAUUUUUUGGAAGAUGAGAAUUUGGCACUUUUCUCAAUUAUUCUUCGUGGUGACGUUUAUACUCUGCCUGACCGUCUUGUUAAAGAAAGAGGGGAUGGAGUGUAACUGCGUGGAUUCUGUCCAGAAGAGAGAAGACUUCGAGGAACAGUUAUUGCAAAGGAGUAAAGGAUCGAACACAUGUUCCCCCCAAAGCUUUUCUGUGAGGCAAGACGUGUUGGGUGUCCUUCACAUUCCAUACAAUUAUCUUCUGGGAACUUCCGGCACUGGAAAACGGUUCUUGACCGUCGGGAUUUCGUCUGUGGAGAGAAAAAAGCAGAACUACUUGCUGGAAACCAUUGACUCCGUUUUCAGUCACCUGAACCCCGAGGAACUGGAAGAGGUCUGUCUUGUUGUAUUUUUGGCCAACCAAGAUCAAUCCCUAAAUUUAAACAUGGCCCGGAAGAUUCAAGAGAAAUUUGCUUCUGCUAUUAAUGCCGGGCUCUUGAUUGUCAUCAGUACCUCUUUCCAAAAUUAUCCACCGUUGGACAACUUGAAAAGGAAUUACAAUGAUCUGCCGGACCGGGUCAAGUUUAGGUCAAAGCAGAAUGUGGAUUAUGCUUUUCUGGUGAAUUUCUGUGCUAAUUUGUCCAAGUUCUACCUCAUGCUAGAGGAUGACGUCUCUUGCGCCCACAAUUUCCUGACCAAGAUUAAAAUGAGCAUAGAGUCUCAGAGGACCUCUUGGACCACCAUCACCUUCUCAAGCCUGGGAUACAUUGGGAAGCUCUAUCACAGCGUAGACCUUCCCAAACUCGCCCGUUUCUUGCUGCUGUUUUAUGAUGAAAUGCCAUGUGAUUGGUUGUUGGACCAUUUCUACAGAUCAAAAGCCCAACAGGAGAUGAUUCGGAUCAAACCAUCGCUCUUCCAGCACAUGGGGACGUAUUCUUCCUUUCAAAAUAGCCAUAACAAGUUGAAGGACAAAGAAUUUAUGGAAGUGGUAGAAAAGUUUGGAGACAGCCCACCGGCCUCUUGUUUCACCAAUAUAGAAGCGUAUUUAGAUCAUGUGGCAGAUAAUGUUUGCUUUGUAGGUCCUAAUUUCUUCUGGGGUAAGGAUUUGACUCCUUCUAGUCACUUCACCAUGGUCUUCCAGAAACCUAUUAACAUAGAGAAGGUCACUAUUAUCACAGGAUCGGCGGAUCAUCCAGGCGAUGUGCUGAGAUCAGGGUACGUACAACUGGGACAACAGAAGGUUACUGACAAUGGUCACCAGACUUGCAAAGACUUCACAAACAUUGGGGACUUUCAUAGUGGGGUAUUUAGCAACAAUAAUAUAAACAACCCAAUGGGGGGGAACAUUGACUGCUUGAAGGUACACGUUUCUGCCACUCAAGAACACUGGCUUUUAAUACAGAAAGUUGGUGUUUGGAUAAGAAAGUAAAACUCACAUAACGUUUAAGGAAAGACUGCACUGUCAGGGUUUAUUGGGUCAGUUCUGAUCAAACCUUGGGCCCCUGAUGGAAAUGGUAUUUUGGGGAAUGGGAGUUUUGUGUGGGGGGGGGGAUUUGUGAAGACUAAAAUGUAUUUUUGUAUUUAAUGUACAAAAGUAUUUUAACACAUUCUGGUUUGUUUAUUUGAUUAAUAACAUCUACACUACAAGUGACCGUAUUGUACAUUGACAGCAAAAAUUCACCGGCACACAGGUAAUGCAAGCAGGUUAUACCUUGCUUAAGAUUUAUUUCAGCAUGCAACGAUUCGGGGUUACCCCCUUUGUCAAGCAACCAAUCACAGACUGCACAAAAUAAUUUAUAGAUUAAACAAAUCACAUGGUAUAAUGCGUGGGCGUGGACAAAAGUGAAAGUGAAAAUAAUCAAAGUUAGAAAAAGGUCAUCUUAUGCAAUCAGUGUCAGACUGGGAUACCAGGGGCCAACCCAAAAACCUUAUACCAGGGGCCCACCAUAACACCUUAGACCAGGGGCCC